AUGUAUCACUGUGGAAUGCGGCAAGUGGGCGAAAGACAUGUUGCAUAUAAAGUUAAUUUGAUGGUAUGGAGUAACCGGCUUGAUCUCCUGGCGCUAAGCAAUUUUAAAGGUGAAGUCCAAAUUCAUAGACUCCAUUGGCAAAAAGUAUGGAAUUUUGCACCUCCCAAGGAAAAUGUUACAGUUUGUGCCAUGGCUUGGAGGCCUGAUGGAAAGGCUUUAGCAAUUGGAUAUAGUUCAGGAGCUGUGUUCAUUGUGGAUAUAGAAGACAAGGAAAUCUUAGACAGAUAUGAUCUGGAGCAAGAGAACCCUGAUGAAUUUGACACUAACAGAUUUGGUAUUACAUGCAUUACCUGGGCUGUGAGGUCUGAAACACUGGAGAAUGCUACUGAUCCUAAUAUUUAUGAUGAUUCUACAAUAUUUUUACAAAACUUACCGUCUUCUAAUGGUAACAGCCAAGGGACUGAUGAAAAUAUCAAAGAUUACAAAGAAUUUGUUCCUCCAAAUCAGUUGAAUAUGCUAAUGGUGGGCUAUGGAACAGGAUACAUUUACCUGAACAUCUUUGGGCGGUAUCCCUUCGGAACCAUUCAUCUUGCACAGGUUGCUAAAGAUGAUUUUGGAGAGUACAAAGUACUUGAUAUUUGUAUGUCAGAUGACUUCAGUAUGAUGCAAGUCCUCUAUCUGGAUAGAAUGACUAGCCACCUUUAUGUGUCACUCAUAAACACCAGUGUACUGUCAGCUUUUGCUGAAGAAGUGUAUAUUGUAGCUAAGAAGCAUGGUGAUAUUGUUAAAAUGAUAUCAUAUCUUGAUCAAACUAUGAAUUCAAUUACUGAAGCUUGGGAACAUAUUUUGUUGGAAAUGGAUACAAAAAUGGCUGAGUAUGCUGCAUCGGUCCCCGAGGGUGGAGUUUCAGCUGAUUUGUUGGAACUACUCAUGUUAGGGACUCCAUCAGAUGAACUAGAAUUAUGUUUACUGCAGAAGUUAACAGUAAAUGAUUUGAAGAAGUUUGGUAACUCCAUAGAAUUAAGUUAUUCAACAAUACAGAAAUUGGUCCUCAAGCAGUUGAAUAUAGUGGGACAGAAUUUAACAUAUUACCUUUCUGAACUAAGGGGACUCACAAGGAUACCAGAUAGAUACCAGAUUCUGGGUAUAGAUGAAUCUACAGUAACUGAAGCAAUAAGAGCCUGCUGCGCUUUUCUAAAUAAAUGUCUAGAAUUACAACAGGUCAUUGACACAUCAAUGCGCAACUACAAAGCAUUUUUCAGAUGGCUUUUUGUGGUUAUUGUCAGACUGCUAGGGGAACAAACUCCAAGUGAAAUAGUCAAGAUUACUCAACAGGAACUUGGUCACAUUGCAGAAUUCUUAUACAACUUUGACAAUGUACAAGUUGAAAGUGCUGAAACAUUGCCAGAUAAACCUGUAAAGUUCAACCUAGAGAGGUUGGGUCAGUACUUGGAGGACCAGGAGCUAACAAUACUGCCUGAAGAUGAAGACAAUCCAUGGCGCAAGUUUCUUAAAGACAAUUCCUGUCUGCUAAAAGACAAUGAUACAAUAUUUUCGUUAGCAGAAUUUAAAAAAUUCUCUCUUGUUCAACAGCAACAGCAUUUGAAAUCAACAGUUGGUCAAGUGUUUGAUAUUUCGAAAAAAGAAACUGGCAGAUACAUGUCUCCUAUAUUCAAUAUCAAAUGUUACGAAGACAAAUCUGAUGGGAAACUAAGUGAAAACUUGAAAAUUUGUCAAGCCUAUUAUGAUUCUGAAAGUAGCUUUGUGACAGCAUUUGUAGAUUCUAAUAAUGUGAAUGAUGGAAUACAUUUUAUGUCUAUAAAGAUAAAAGAUAAGGCAUGCUCAGUGACUGCAAUGAAAUACACUUUUUCAACUAUGAUCUUAGGAGAUAAAAAUCCUAAUGAUGAGCUUUUAUCAGUAAUGGAUUUGCAAUUCUAUUCUCCUGAAUAUCUAUCAGUCUUGACAUCACAUCCCCACAAUGAAGAAAGCUCUAUAUUCAUUCAAUUGCCUUUAGGAAUCAUUCAGGUGAAUGCUCCUGAAUGUGCAUUAAAACCAAAACUAUUUUUGUUUAAUGAAAAAGUUAAUAAAAAACAUUUCAACUUUGAUCGAAUCAGGUGUUUUUAAAGUGUUAGAUAAAAUGGAUGGGUUUCGAAUAGCAGUCUCAGGAGGUCGCAAAGUAGCUGUUGUUCUUUCUAAAAGUUAUAGGAAGGUGAGAGUGUUUGAGAUGGAGAUUGAUGGAGAUGAUGAAGAGGAUGAAACACUGGACACUACAACACAGUCACAAAGUACUAAUGACCAGUCCACAAUAUCUGAAAAACAAAAUACAAGCACUGCAGCAACUGAUGUUACUUUCUUAAAAGUAUUUUAA